GAAAAUAAAUAAGUUAAAGAUUUAAACAUUUCUGUAUAAUUAUACAAAAAAUCAUGUCUCUCAAAACUUGUCUCUCUUGUGGCAAAUUGUUUGGCUUUCGGGUUGGGGCUUCUUGCGCUUUUAUUACCGAACUGGUCAUCUGGGAAUUUCGAGGAGGUGAGAAACGUAACAGUGGUCAAAGAGAUAGACAGUGGACUGUUUAAUGAGAAAAACGAGUACUAUAUGAAAGAGGACUCCAUUUUAGAUUCAUCUGAAGAAAUUCCCGGUUCUUUCAUGAAACUGGAAAUUGUUAAAAUCAUAAGAGCAUUGAUGAUAACCGGGCUUUCAUUGUUGUCAAUCGAUCUGAUACGUUCUGUUUAUCAAUGGUGUUGCCAUGAUGAUGAUGAUGAAACAGGCGGAAAGACCGACGCAGUGAUAUCUUUACUUCUGUCACUUGUGACAGUUUUAGCAGGUGGUUUUAUUCUGAGCGGCCCUCUGAUUUAUAGAAACCACGUGGUAGCAGAUUUCGAGUUGAGAAAAAAAAUUUGGGGCAAUUG